AUGGAUGGCUCAACAGCUGUUGCAAAACGACAACCGUUAGUUGAAAAAUUUAAUAAGCACGAUGAAAUCUUUAUUUUUCUCCUAACUACUCGCGUUGGUGGAUUAGGCAUCAAUCUUACGGGUGCAAAUCGUGUGGUGAUUUUUGAUCCAGACUGGAAUCCGUCUACCGACAUACAAGCUCGUGAACGGGCAUGGCGUAUUGGACAGGAGCGAUCUGUGACCAUUUACAGGUUACUGACCAGUGGAACAAUUGAAGAAAAAAUUUAUCACAGGCAAGCUAAAGAAUACGAAGUAACGCUAGCUGAAGAAAUCACAUCUUGUGAUGCAAGCGUGAUCAAAACAAAAGGAACCGAAACAACAGCAAUUUUAACUGGCGCGGCAAAGACUUUCACACGUCAUAAUUUUUUUGAUGAAAAUGAAAAAGCGCAGGGAAAAAAAAGGGCAGCAUCCGGGACCAAACGACAAGCUGUAUGUGAGCCAACCUCAGACGACGAUGAUGAUGCAAAGGCUAUCGUUGAGAAAUAUUUAUCGCCUGAGAAAAUUGCAAAACUACGCGAGAUUGCGCGGAAAAUUAGCAGGUCCAUUGGAAAAAAAGCCGAAGAGAGGGGCAAAGAGAAAUCAGAUACGCCUAAAAUGAAGCGAAAAGUACAGCAUGAAGAUGAGGGAUUGUCGGAGAUUGAUAUCAAAAUUCCACAUUUGAAAAAGAUAAGGCGUUAUAAAGAACAGAAACCGGAAGGAUCGUCGGUGCAGGUAGCCUAA